AUGAGUUCUUGGAUGAACUGUCCGUCCUCUUUGCUGCUGUUGCUGUUAGGCUUGAGCCUGCACAGCGCGUGCAUCACGCGAGCGAACGUUGCCGGUCAGCACGGUAGUCAAGACGGUGGUCACGAGUCUUUAAUGGUGGAGACUACUAGUGGGCUGAUGCGCGGUUUCUCUCGCACGGUGCUCGAUCGUGAGGUUCAUGUGUUCUACGGAGUGCCAUUCGCGAAACCUCCCGUUGGGCCUUUGCGAUUUCGCAAGCCGCUGCCGAUCGAGCCCUGGCACGGGAUUUUGAACGCUACCACCUUGCCCAAUAGCUGCUAUCAAGAGCGCUACGAGUACUUUCCAGGCUUUGAGGGUGAGGAGAUGUGGAAUCCUAAUACCAACAUCUCCGAGGACUGUCUCUACCUCAACAUUUGGGUACCGCAGAAGUUGCGUCUACGUCACAAGGAGUCACCAGACAACGUUGGUAAUAACGGUAUGGCGAUAUUGGUUUGGGUUUAUGGCGGCGGCUUCAUGAGCGGCACCGCCACCCUGGACGUCUACGAUGCCGACAUUAUGGCGGCGGCCAGUAAUGCGAUCAUCGCUUCGAUACAGUAUCGUGUCGGAGCUUUUGGCUUUCUGUAUCUCAAUCAGCACUUUGUCAAUAGCGAAGAGGCGCCAGGUAACAUGGGCCUCUGGGAUCAGGCCUUGGCUCUUAAGUGGCUCCGUGAAAAUGCGCGCGUCUUCGGCGGCGAUCCCGACUUGAUUACAAUCUUUGGCGAGUCUGCGGGUGGUAGUUCAGUGUCCUUGCAUCUCAUCUCGCCGGUCACGCAAGGUCUAGUGCGUCGAGGUAUCCUUCAGAGUGGCACCCUCAACGCCCCAUGGAGUUACAUGACCGGCGAAAAGGCAAACGAGGUGGCUCGUGUGCUGGUAGAUGAUUGCGGAUGCAAUUCGACAAUGCUGCAAGAAAACCCAGCACGUGUUAUGGCCUGCAUGAGAUCGGUGGACGCGAAAACUCUCUCCGUGCAGCAGUGGAAUAGUUAUGGGGGCAUUCUCGACUUCCCGUCAGCGCCCACCAUCGACGGGGUUUUUCUGCCUAAGGAUCCAUUGGACUUGGUCAAAGAGGCGGAUUUCAAAAACACCGAGAUCCUGAUUGGAAAUAACGAGAACGAAGGAACAUAUUUUAUUCUAUACGAUUUCAUUGACUUCUUCGAGAAAGAUCAAGCCAGUUUUUUGGAGAGAGAUAAAUUUCUCAACAUCAUCAAUACUAUCUUCAAGAAUAUGUCGCAAAUCGAGCGUGAAGCCAUCAUUUUUCAAUAUACCGAUUGGGAUCAAGUGAACGAUGGUUAUCAGAAUCAGAGGGCGAUAGCAGAUAUCGUGGGUGAUUAUUUCUUUAUCUGCCCAUCCACACAUUUUGCGCAAUUAUUCGCAGAUCGCGGCAUGAAGGUCUACUAUUACUUUUUCACGCAGAGGACAAGUACGAAUGUUUGGGGCAAAUGGAUGGGUGUGAUGCAUGGUGACGAAGUGGAAUAUGUCUUUGGGCAUCCCUUGAAUAAAUCAUUGGAAUAUACCGACAAUGAACGAGAUCUUUCUUUGAGAAUGAUUCACUACUUCUCGCGAUUUGCAUAUACGGGGAUGCCAACAGUAACUGAAACUGAGUGGCCAUCUUAUACUAGAAAUCAUCCAAAAUAUUUUAUUUGGAAUGCAGAAAAGAAGAAUGCUUUUGGCAGAGGCCCUCGCACAACAGCCUGUGCAUUUUGGAACGAAUUCCUGCCGCGCCUAAAAGGUGUUCCUGAUCCCACACCCGAGGCAUGUAAAAGUGCAAUGGCGUCGAGCGUUUCUGCUGGUGUCAGCCAACUGCAUAGUUCAUCAACAAUUGCGUCCAUCAUCUUACUUCCGGUGCUGGUAGUAUAUAGAUUUAUAUAAGCGAUUCACCUCCAUGUCGAUAAAUCCUUUUCAUAGCUGGCAGGUACCUGACUGGGCAGAAAAGUUCCAUCGGCGUUACCGUCCGACAAACAGGUCGUAUAAUAAGCGUUGUUUACGCUUCAAGGUCGCAUUAGCGGUCGUCAACAUUCGUAGAUCGAUAGGUCGCCGUAAGACGUAUGCUAUUGUUGUAUAGCAACAGUCCGUCUUUAAUUGUGUCAUUAUGGCACCGGCACUAGUAACACAGCGCGAUGUUUGCGAAUGAUAAUCAGAAUGCUCCGCAUCUCGGCGUGAUGCAUUCGUUGUUUCGAGAGAUAGCCGUAGACUUAGGUAUAUGUCGCGAUCCGCGAUUGAAGACAAAAGAUACUCGACAAAAC